GUCACUUGCCAAUGUCAUUAAAUUGCCAAAUAAAAGUUUGAUUGACAUUUAACCAUAUUUACAUUGUUUUUAUCCAACAAAUAAAUAAAUAACAAUGCCUGAUUGUAGCGAGAAUUUUGAAAAAGAAAUUUCUGAUGGAAAAAAUGCGAGAAGUAUAAAGUGUAAAUACUGCAACUCAGUUAUUUUAACCCCAUUAUGUGCUUCUUUCUCAUCUUUUGAGUUUCAGUUACCAUUAAUGAAACAAACUAAGAACAGCGAGGAUAAUCCAGAAAAAGAAACCGUUUCCCUUUUCUGGGCAGUGACUGACAUGUUUACUUUUCAAAAUGUUGGUUUUUCAAAUACAGUGGGUACAACAAAAUAUCUUACAUGUGCAGACUGUGAGUUGGGCCCAAUAGGAUAUCAUGAUUUGUCGAAUAAAAUGAGUUAUGUUGCACUUACAAGAGUGUUACAUAGCUAGGUAGAGCUAUUCUUUAACAUCUUCAGAGAUCAAUAUUGGGCAAUCCUAUUUGAAAUAGCAUUUUUUAUUUUAGAAAGUUUUAUUGGGCAUUAUGAGUUAGCAUAAGUUUGGGCUGUUAUAGCCAAAGUGGUAUAGGUUACAUUGUUGUCAUUUAGGAAAGAAAGUGUUUAAGAAAAAAUACCAUUAAAUAGCUCUACUUAACACUCCAGCUAACAGGUGAAAUAAAAUUACAUUGUAUUUCCAUACAGGUGAGGUCUGACAGGUCUCACCUGCCCGCUGGAGGGUUAACUAUGGAAGUAUUUAUAGAAAAAACAAUUUUUUUUCUUUUGAUCAUAAUUUAUCAUCAUUAACACCUCAAAUCUUCAUACAAAAAUAGGGGUCAAACUUCAAAGUCUCUAUGAACUUAAUUUUUGGGAUAUAAAUCCAUCUUAGUGUCUCCUUAUUCAUCAUUCUCUUUACCAUUAUCCCUAUGCGGGGUUGACUUCUUUGAUUGCAUUUCUCUAUAAGGUUCUAUCUUGGGCCAUAUCAACAUCAAUUCUUUUUACCAACAUGUCCUGCCUAAGCAUCUCCCCGAGGUCUUCCUGGCCUCCUCUUCUGCUUCUUGCAGGAAUCCGCAGUUCAGCAAUUCUUCAUUUUUUGUGAUUAACGUCUCAACAUUGAACGUGACUAAACCAUCUUAGCCUAUGCUCGCCCGUUUUGGCAUCAAUUUGUGCCACCCCUAGACCCUAAUAUACUGAUUCCUAAAUUUAUCAUUUGUAUUCCACUCAUACAUCUGCCUACCACAUGCAUUUGUUGUUUCUCUUUCUUUUUAACUGCACAACAUUCAGUUUCGUAUAUCAUAUCAAUCUUAUGGCUGUUUUAUAGAAUUUUUCCUUCAACUUCAUUGGAAUUUUUCUGCCACACAACAGACCAAUCUCUUUCUUCCAUUUCAUCCAUCCAACCUUAAUCCUAUUGCCAGCUUAUUAUUGACCUACAUAUCAUAUGAAUGUCCUUUGGCACAGGACCUUUGUAAUUUUCCCAUUUCUUUGUAAUGAAGAGUCUGUUUUUAAUACAGCACAUCAAUUACAUGUAAACAGAUAAACUGUAGUUUUCCAUCUCUUUAUUUUACUCUUUGUAAUGCAAUUAGAAGCACUUUCUUUGCUUUAAUUUUAAUUUAUUUCUUCUUUAUUCCAAAUUUACCUGAAAUUUUUAUCUUUGGUUCCCAUCUUAAUGUGAUCUUGAUAUGGAAGAAAUGUUUUCAUUAUGAAUCAUGUUAUCGAAACUAUUGAAAUGUUCCAAUUUGGUGCAUAAUGUGCAGUCUGUAGCAUAAAUAGUAGAAACUCUAGAUCCACCGAGUUUAAUCUGUAAAAAAAAUUUCCGCUGAUACCAUUUGGCUUUCAAAGCAUCAUUCCAUAAAUUGCCCAAUUAACAUACCUACAAGAUUUUACAACCUACUAGGAAUUGCUCAAUCAUUGUUUUAUUUUUUAAUUAUAAAUAUCCAAAUAACUUUCUGUGGCACUAGUAUAAGUGAGAAAGUGUAAAUUACUUAGAAUCAUAAUGUACUGACUUGUAUUCUUAUAUUGUAAUGAUAUAUCAGGUAUAUAUUAUUUUUAAACACAGUAAAAUGUAAGAUAUUCAAGUUUUUGUACAGUGUGUGAUCAAUACCAUCAAUACUCAAAACAGUAAGCUGUACAAAUGUUCCUAAAUAUCUUUAUAUUAUUACCAGGUUUAAUUCCAGAACUAUUUAAUUUUGAAGAAGACUGACCAGUCAUCCCGGAAUAACACUCACAGCUAAUCUUCAUCUCUUAUUCUAUCAGAAUUCGUCUAAAAGUACUGUAGCAAUCUUAAAUUAUAUAAAAUUUAUCAAGACUAUGGUACUUGUUACAAAAAUCAAAGUUUGCUCAUCACUUUAUGUCACUUGAGAUUUUUUGUGAUUUAAUAAACAAGAUUGAAAGAAGAGAUAUAACUGAUUGAUAUAUUAAACAGAAGAGAUAAAACUAACUAACUAACAAUAAUUAUUCUAAAUAAUGCAGAGAGUAACAAUUGUGAGUAUAAAAACAGAUGCAGUCUAGAUGUUUGAAUAUCUAUAAGAUAAUAAUAUCUAUAAGAUAUUCAAACAUAUACAAUAAAAAUGAUUAGAAGAAUUUAUUUAUUUAGCGUAUGGACUUUGACAGUACGAUAAAUACACAAAUAUAAUAUAUAUUAUUCAAACACUAAAAUAUAAUGAAUGAAUCUAAAUAUUAAUGUCCAAUUUACAUAGCCAUUCAAUUGCUUCUGGGGAGCAUUCCACAAAGUCCUGGAGGUUUCCACGGUAGGCACGAUUUAGGCAAUCUGAAGCACAAUGACUUAUGGUCGGUCUAGGCGAUCCACAAUCGCACUGUGGACUUUCCGCACGACCCCAUUUGAAUAGAGAAUCAGCACAUUUACCAUGUCCGGUACGUAUGCGAUUAAGCCUCGCCCAGGUGGACCGGGGCAGACCCGAUCCGAUGAAACCCUGUGUUGGGAUGGAUAUCUGAAUAUAGUCUGCUGCUAUUGUUGGCAUCCAUUUUGUGGACCAUUGCCUUUGUAUAUCAUAGGAAUCACCAAUUGUUCGGGCAGAUCUGAUUGGAGGAUUUCUAGACCUCAGUCGUUGGUGCUCUUUUGAGAUGUCUGGUAUGUCUUGAUGGAUUGGUAAUUGUAUGCUGGCUACAAUUUUCUGAUACUCUCUCACUAAUGCUGCUGUACGGCGUAGAUCUGGUGGAGCAAUAUUGCUCAAAGUAGGCAGCCAUCUCACUGGGGUUGAUUUUAUUGUUCCAGUGAUUAUUCUCAUGGUUUGAUUAAGUUGGAUAUCGAUUUUGUUUGUAUGUGCACUAUUUAACCAUACUAGUGCACAAUAUUCUGCCACUGAAAAAACCAAAGCUAGAGCAGAGGCCCGAAGAGUAUCUGCAGAAGCACCCCAAGUUGUUCCAGCAAGUUUUGUUAUUAUAUUGUUUCUUGUUCUCAGUUUACCGGCUGCGUUUGUAAGAUGGCUUUUGAAGGUGAGUGUUCUAUCAAGUGUGACGCCUAGAUAUUUGGAGUUGUUGUUAUGUUUGAUAGCUGUAUCAUUUAGAGUUACAUUGAGGGUAUCGCCCGCAAGUUGAUUCGACAGGUUAAAGAGACAGGUUUCAGUUUUGCUUGUGUUAGGACGUAAGCGCCAGUUCUUAAAGUAGUUACUAAGUGUUCUCCAGCUUCCUUACGAUUAUCUUGGAAGCCAAUGGCCAGGUCGUCUGCAUAAGCGAAUUUUCUCGAUUUUGUUUCAGGUAUAUCCGCCAUAUAAAGGUUAAAUAAUAAAGGAGCUAGCACUGAGCCUUGAGGUAAGCAGUUGUUAAGUUUUCUAACGUUACUUCAUGCAUCAUUUAUAUAUACCUGAAACAGUCUGUUAGUUAAUAGAUUGUUUAUCAGCUGACAAGUUUUGAGACAGCCCUCUUGAGUCAAAUAAGGCCCUCUCUCCACACAGUGUCAUAGGCAGCCGUAAGGUCUAUAAAUGUUAUGGCAGAUUUUUCACGUCUUUCAAAGCCAGCUUCGAUGAAUGUAGUUAAGGACAGCAGCUUCGUCCUUUUCUAAAUCCAGCUUGCUCAAUUGGUACAGCGUCCAAUGGUGUUACAUAUUCUAUUAUAUAAGAAUCGUUCUAGUAAUUUAUAAUAGCAACUGGGUAAGGCGAUAGGCCGGUAACUUUCAGGCAGCUUGUUGUCUUUGCCAGGCUUCUGGAUUGCGAUGAUUUUUGUUCUUUUGAAUUCUGGGGGUAGCAUAGCUGUAGUCCCAAUGUCGCUAAAGAAUUCUUUGAGCCAUUGUCUUGUUUUUGUACCAGUGUGGACUAUAAACUCAGGAUAUAUUCCAUCGAAACCAGCUGCUUUUCCCGUUUUGGUUUGGUUAAGCGCUUCGUUUAUUUCAUCCAAUGAGAAGGCACGUGAGUAUUCUGAUGUUGCGGGGGUAUUUGCUUUAAGUUGUUUAAGAGCUUUUUUUACCAUCGAUGUAUGAGUUUUCUCAGAUGGAGCUCGAGAAUUCUCAAUUAUUCUAUUGGCUAUCUUAUUUGGCUCAAUUUUUGAUUUGUUUAAGUGUUGUGCUCUGCUUGCUUCGCCCAGUUUGCGGAUUAGUCGCCAUGCCUUCCGACUGGAACGGGAGAAAUCAAUAUGUUCUACGGUAGACUUCCAUUUAUUAAGUCUAGUUGAAUCCAGUGACUUAAGUAAGUUGUCACCGAUUUCGGGAUCUUCUGAUUUCAAAAAAUCGUCAUAUAGUUUUUGGCUUUCUUCCGUCCAGCCUGGGAUGUACUCCUUUCGAAAACCUCGGGGGAUAUGUUUUUUGGCGAUAGAGAUAACCAUUCCUAAAAAACGGUGGUAAUUGUUGGCCUUCGGGUCAAUGAAGCGAAUGCAGGUGUCCAGCUCUUUGGUGUAUUCAGGCCAAUUUGCUUUGUUAAAAUUCCAACGGGGUCUCGGCGUGGAUUCAACGAUAGAAAUUUGUAUGCCUAUUUCGAUUAUGACAGGUCGAUGUUGGCUGCGAGGGAAACUAGGCAGUACAGUUCGGGAGCUUGGGAGUGGCUGUAACUGUGAGUUACUCGAAACAUAUAUAUAUAUAUAUAUAUAUAUAUAUAUAUAUAUAUAUAUAUAUAUCUAUGCAAGCAUAGAUCGGGGUUGUAGCCUUUGCGCCAUCUUCUAGAAAAGAAAGUAGGUUUAUCUUUUAGAUUUUAGACUAUGGAUAAGGUGGAUAUUGUUUUCUUCGGCCCACUCCAGGAGUUUUUCCCCAUUUUCAUCAUUGUUUUCAUACCCCCAUUUGUUGUGGUGACUGUUAAACUCCCCUAUGUAAACUGUAGGUUGGUUGUCCUCAGUUUUGAUUACAUUUAUUGGCCAUUUAGUUAAUGGUGGUUUGUAGAUGUUCUUUAUGGUUAUGUCAUUCACUUCUGUAGAGAUUAUGGAUACACUAUUUUCGCAGCUGCAGUCCGUCACCUUGGAAUUUUGUAUACUGUUAUUCACGUAAGUUGCAGUGCCGUAAACAUUGCUGUAAGUGGCUCCAAUCAUGCUAUAUCCCGGAAUUUUACCCCUCUUAAGAAGCUCGGUUUCUGAUGGUGUGUGAGUUUCUUGAAUGGCUAUGACGUCAACGUUAUUUUCGAUUAGUAUUUUUGAAAGAAAUUCAGAUUUUGAUCUACUAAUUCCCUCUAUGUUUAUUUGACAUAUACGGAGGGUUGGUCCGAUACGUCUCGUCAAAUGGUGUUGAUAAACACCUUUGUAGUUUUCCAUAUUCCUAUAUAGAGAUUCCUUUCCUUGCUUUUCUUUAUCGUACUGGUUGCCAGGAGAGCUUAGCGGCUAGUUUGGCGUCCAAAAAUUGAUAGACCAUUUAGCGUUACCCAGGGUGCACCACGUGGAGGCGAUCUAUCACUACACCCCAUUAGAAGAAUGAAGACCUAGAAGAACCUAACAGCUUUAAAGUGUUAUGCUAUCUGAUAGCACACAUGAAGAUGGUAACUUUGGAUUAGAUCUAAAUCAUUUAUCAGAUUUAUGAAUUAUCGUUUCAGUACUAUUGGCAUUACUUUCUCACCCAACAAAACAUUAUAAGAACAUUAUAAUAUAUGACAUAAGGAAAAUUAUUCAAUAUCUGGGAAAGCUUGACAGAAAAGUUCGUUUCAUUUGGGUGAAAGGACAUGCUGGUAUUAUUGGCAAUGAGCAUGUAGAUAUAGCAGCUAAGGACGCGUGCCAUUUAGAAAAUAUUAUCUAUGAAACAGACGCAAACGAUCUUUUAGCGAUUUUCAGAAAUAAAAUCAGAAGCGAUUGGGAAUCAUUAUAUAGUAUUUUUACUACAAAAGCGAUAUUACGUAGGUCAAAAUUUUUGACGUAAGAGAACUGUCAAAACAUUAGAAUAUGACUUUUCAUUAUUGGCAUGUUUAUUAUAAACAUGGCAAUAAUGAAAAGUCACAUUCUAAUGUUUUGACAGUUCUCUUACGUCAAAAAUUUUGACCUACGUAAUAUCGCUUUUGUAGUAAAAAUACUAUAUACAAGUAUUAGUGAAAAAUCGCAAAGUCACUAUUAUAGGAUACAUAGAGAUUUGCCAAAGAACAUUCCUCAUCUCACCUUCCCUGUAUCCAGACGAUAUUCUUCAAUCAUUACUAGGUUGAAAUUACAUCAUGGUCGUUUCCCGGCACACUUACACAAAAUAAAUAUAAUAGAUUCGCCUUUAUGUUCUUGCAAUAAUAUGUCGAUAGGUGACUUAAACCAUAUAUUUUUCGACUGCACUAAAUAUACACUUGAAACAUUGGAACUAAUGACGGAAUUAAAUAAUAUAAAAUUUCCUCUUCCAGUAAAUAUUUCAGCACUCCUUGCUUCAUUUGAUAAAAGAGUCUAUGACAUAUUAGUUCAUUUUGUGAUUAGGAAGAAAGUAGACAUUUGAUCUUUCUUACAUUACUUAUAGUCUGUGGCAAAUAGACUUUGAUGCCAAACACACACACACACACACACACACAUGAAUUAUAGUUUAUGCUCACUAUAAGAAGAAUAUGAGUCACAGAUGCCGUUGAAAGAAUAGCCAUGGCUAAAUGUGCUGUGUCAUGUUGCCAGAUUGACAGAUGAUAGUUGGACCAGAAAUAUUCUGGAAUGGUGACCAAGACGACAAAAGGCAUAUCAAAACAGAGGACAACCACUGACUAGAUGAACGGAUAAUAUAAAAUGCAUCACCACAAAUUGAAUGCAAGAAGUUCAAGACAGAGAUAGGUAGAACAUUUUAUCGGAGGCCCACAUUCAGCAGUGGACAAAUAUAGGCUAGUUGAUGAUGAUAUGCUCAUCUAGGCCACUUUAAAACAAGUAACACUUAUGAUAUGGAGUCAAGAGGACAACUCCUUUUUCUAUGCAUGAAAAAUUGUUUCCCUUUAGUAGAUGUACUAUACUAAUUCCCUAAAUAUUUAUAUAUGUACUAUGGAAGAAUAGGUACUAAGAAAUUGCUUUAUGCAAGAGGUAAUUCAUUUAUAAAGUAAUAUCUUCUAUUAUUUUUUAUACCUAGUUCCUAUCUCUGAGCAAUGCUAAUCAGUUUUUGUAGCUAUUGUAAGUAAGUCUACAUAGUAUUUUAAUUUGGAGUUUCUUUAAAAUCCAAAGUUUUAUAUUUUUUGGGCGGCCCUUUUUAUUUCAUUUUCUUUUUGUAGCCACAACCACAUUUAUUUUAGAAACUAAUUGGUCACCACUGACACAAACACUUGAUUUGUAUCUCCAAUAAGAAGAAUUGUAAUACAGAAGUUAUAUCUGUAUAUAGUAAUUCGCUUAUUGUUGCAGCUACCACUGAAUAACCGAUAGAAUCUACAAUUAUUGUAAUUGUAUAUAUAUAUAUUUAAUUCUGUUUUGUUUAGUUGUUAUAUAUUUUCAUAAAUUAUGCUUGUGUCUUUUAUUCACUUUAGAACUUAUUCAGAAUCUUAAGUUGAAUUCAUAAAAUAUUAGUUUUUAAAAAAUAAAGAUGUUGAAAUAAUUUAAUAUCAUGUAAAAUCCAGAUAGCAGUUUUUGUAAAAUUGAUUCAUAAAAGAAUAAUAUUGUGAUAUGUAAAGUGUCAUACAAAGAUUUAUUUACAUUUUGUGAUGUUCAGUUCGCUUAAAUAAAUCAAAAUUAUUUAUA